AUGGCGCCUGCUGUCCUGAGAGAGGAGCUAACCUGCCCCAUCUGCCUGAGUAUUUUUAAAGAUCCUGUACUACUGAGAUGUGGCCAUAACUUCUGCCUGGGCUGUAUUGAGAAAGUGCUGCGUACCCAGGAUAUAUUAAGUGUUUAUAUCUGUCCUCUGUGCAGCAAACGGUUUACUAACAGACCUGCACUGCAGAGGAACCUGAAGUUAUGUAACAUAGUAGGAGUUGUAUUUCCUACUCAUCAAGGGACACAUUCUGAGGUUUUCUGCACUUACGGUAUUCUCUCUCCUGUACCUGCUACUAAAUCCUGUCUGCAUUGUGAGGCUUCUCUGUGUGAUGCCCACCUGAGGGCACACAGCAAGUCUGAGGAACAUGUGUUCACUGAGCCCACCACUUCCUGGGGUAACAGAAAAUGCUCCAUCCACAAGAAGCUGCUGGAAUAUUACUGCACAGAGGAUGCUGCCUGUAUCUGCGCGUCUUGCUCCCUGGUCGGAGAGCACAGAGGACACCAGGUGGAGCUGCUGAAUGAGGCUUCUGAGAAGAAGAAACAGAAACUGAGAGAUGUUCUGCAGAAACUGUUCACAAAGAUAGAGAAGACUGAGAAAAGAGUCCAGAAACAGGAAUCACACAGAGCUGACUUUUGUGGUGCUGAGAAGGGAGAUAAUGAGGACUCCGAGAGAGAUGAUAAACAGGUCCCUGCUGGAGAGGAUUUGGGUGAGGGUUUGAGCUCUGUAACCUUAUACAGAGGUUUAGCUGAUAUUGUGACUGAUAUAAAAAAAAGACUCUAUGUACAGGUGACAUCAGACCUAUUACUGGAUGUAAACACAGCUCCUAAUACUGUAACUGUAUCUGGUGACUUAAAAACUGCAUCCUGGACAGAAUUAAACCAGGAGUGGGCAGAAUCGUCACAGAGAUUUACAGAUAAUGUUCCUCAGGUAUUAAGCACCAGGAGCUUUUCCUCAGGACAACAUUACUGGGAAGUGGCAACUAGUGAGGAAGGGGAAUGGGGUUUGGCAGUUUGUUAUCCCAAUAUAGAAAGACAGGGAGAUGCGUCUGAGCUAGGAAAGAAUAACAAGUCCUGGGCAUUUUAUGGUAAUGAGAACAAAUGUACAGUUGUACAUAACACAAUAAUCUCCCCAUUAUCUCACUGUCUAUCCUGUGACAGAGUAGGAAUACUGCUGGACUAUGAGGGUGGGCGUCUGUCCUUUUAUGAGCUGUCUGACCCAAUCAAACACUUACAAACCUUCACUGCUACCUUCACUGAGCCUCUUCAUGCUGCAUUUUGGGUAGGAUUACAUGCCAGGGUGAGCAUCAUGACCUAG